AUGGCUGCCGCAAUUGUUUCAAGAGGUUUCAUAAGAAAUUGGUAUAAACCUGAAAUUAUUCCUCUAUGCGGAAUAGUUGGUGUAGCUGUUACGGGUGCCUGCUGGAUUCUCGGCCAUAGCGCGAAAGGACCCGAUGUAAUAUGGGAUAGGAAAAACAAUCCGACUCCAUGGAAUAACGUUGAAGAAGGUACUCAAGUAAAGCUAUUAACUGUCAAUCAGAAAUUUGACAAAAG